GUGGUUAGAAAAAGGGUACUCAGGAACUGCCCUGGAGCCCUUAACCCCAAAGCAGCUAGCAUCACAUGUCCAGGCCUGGGUACCAGAGACACAGGACAUCCUUGCAACUAACAGGGUGAUCCAAAAUGGAGAAAGACAGGCCCCCACAGUUGAUGACCCCUGCAUCGGUGAAAGCCAUCAUCUCAAAGAUUGAGGCUGCCCAGCUAACACGGGCUCAGGAGGAUAUUUCUUCCCAGCUCUCAGACAUCUUGGACAAUGUCAACUGUGUCAUCAACCGCUUCCAGGAAGAAUUGGGAUAUGAUUUAAAAGAAAAGGCAAAAUCUGACCGGACAGAGCAAAAGGGCAAGAGCAGAUUCAUCUUGCUGGAGAAAAUUGCUUCCUUCUCCAAAGAUGCUAAGACCAAAGAGAAGCACUUGUACGAAAUUCUCCGCUGGCUGGGUGACUGGGGUGACAAUCUGACCUAUGAGCUCAGGAACAGGAAGGGUAAGGAGGAAGAGAAAGCUCUGGAUGAAUGGAUCGAGGUGAUGGAGAAGGUGUUACCUCUCUCCCUCAUUGCCACCAAAGGAGGCAUCGAGUCUCUCAUUUCCCUUUGCUCUACUCUCAUUGAAAGACAAAAGAAAAGGACACAAAUACCCAAACACACCUUCUGGCAGGGCUGGUGGGAACAAAGCCCACCCAGAUCUGCAUCCUACCCUCAGCCACUGAGCCCAGAGCAGAUGCUCCAGGACAAGCAUACUACGUGCACAAAGGUCUCCGAGGUGACGUCCAUGCUGCAGGAGCUCCUGGACUCCACCAUGUUCAACCAGGGGGAGGUCAGAGCCAUCAGGUACAUGUCUGCUGUGGUGGAGAACCUCAACAAGGCCUUGACCCUCCAGCACAAGGAGAACAGUAACCUGGAGACGAAAUACAGGAAUCUGGAAAUAGAGAUGACCAAAGAACUCAGCAGCCAGAGGCUCUACUUCCAGAAUUCCCUCAAAGUUCUCCAGAACAAGAGGGAUGCCCUACUAAAGCAGGUGGAAAUUCUAGGGGGAAAAUACCAUGACCUUCUCCUGAUAAAGCAUGCCUUAGAGUUCCAGCUGAAGAAGGCUCAGUCUGCUAGAGAUCAAGCAGAAGAGCCAGCCAAGAUCUUGGUCGACUCCCUGGGGCCCCCUGAGAAAGAGACCCUCCCAAAGAAAGAAACAGUCAUGGAGGAAACCCAACAGGAACCCAAGAAGGAGUGGUUGUUUUUGUCACUGCCCCCAGGUUCCAUGGCCAAAGCCUGGGACAGUGGUACUAGGCCUUCAACGUCCCAGCCACUUUCCACCAUGACCACACACUCAAGGAUUGCAGAUGUGUACAGCAGCAAGGACACUGAACGUCUCCAGCCCGUGUUGCUGUCCCUGGUGGAUCACAAGUUUCCUAAGAAAUGGGAAGGCCCUGUGGCAGAGAGCCCAGGCCACCAAGUCAAAAACCAGAAGGACUUCCAGAAAGCAGCCCAGGAGAAGGAAGAACUCCAAAUUAAGUCCCAUAUUGGGAUGCAGCUGUCCCCAGAGAGCUCCAAGAAGGCGGCCUUGGAGAGUAAGGUGGCGCACUGGGAAGAGGAACUCAGCUGGGAGAUGCAGAGGCAGCUGUGGCUGGAGGAGGAGGCCAUGUGGCUGCAGCGGCAGAAGAAAUGGGCCCUGCUCGAGCAGGAGCACCAGAAGAAGCUGCAGCAGUGGGAGAUGGAGGAGGCGGCAAGGGAGCAGCAGCGGAGGUUGGGCCAGCAGGCGAAGGAGCAGGGGGGCCCACGGAGAGAGCCGGAGCGGUUGGAGGAGGACGUGGACGGGAUGAUCUUCACGACCACCGGGCGGUGGAAGGACGUGGCGGAGGCAUCACUGGUGCCUCCCCCAAGCGGCGCCCAGUCUGCUCACCAAGUCAGGAGGCCACACUGGCCCAGGUCCCCUAAUACCCAGCAGCUUGCCCGCAGAAAGCAGAGGAACCUGAGUUCCGCCAAGUCUACCCAGAAACCAUGGGCCUCCCAGGGUCUCACGAAGCCCAAGAAAUCAGCCUCCUUCCCUGUCACAGGGACAUCCAUCCAAAAGGUGUCCCGGCCUCCCUUGCAAAUCUCCCUGGUAGCUCUUAAGGGGAAAGUAUACCACAUGGACGCAGAGGCCCUGAGGAAGAACCUGCAGCUCCUGAGUGAGGAGGCUGAGCUGGGGCUGCCCCAUUCCCUGCGCAGCAAGGUGCUGGAGCUCACCACCACCACCAUGGAGUUGAGCGUGCUCCGGCUGCAGUGCCUGUGCCAUAGGUACAUCCUGUACAGGCGCUUCCAGAGCCUCCGACAGGAAGUGAUCAACCACAUACAAGUCAUGCAAGAAACUGGGACUACCUACAAGGCCCAGAACCUCCACAUCUUCCUGGAAAACAUCGACCACCUGCAGAACCUCUGGCUGCAGCCCUGGGCAGACAAGCAGAAGGACCUGGAGGAGAAGCACCGAGAGUGUCUGAACAGCAUGGCGACCCUGUUCCCCAAGCUCCAGCUGGAGUGGAACAUUCAUCUGCACACUCCGGUGACCACCAACCCGAAGUCGAGGAAAAAUAAGGCGCCCCGCUCCUUUCUCCGGCGCAUCUACUCCUGUGGCCCCUCCUGCAAGCCGUCCCCAGAGCACCUCACAUCCAAGCACUGGGAAUGUGUGCCCCUGCACCUGGCCCGCCAACAGGAGAACCAGAUGGAGGCCAUCUGGAGAACAGACGUGGCCUCCUCCAGUCACCCAAUAGAAAAGAGGACUCCCCCCAGCCUGCCCUGGGGCCAGCUAGGAGGGUGCCCAGACAUUCCCCGGCUGUUGGCCUUGGAUGUGCAUUCUUCCUACCGCAGAAGCUUAAGGUCUCUCAAGGCCGGAGCCGUUCCACCCACACCCAGGCCUCCACUGGGAUCUCAGCUUCAGGCUUACGCACUUAUCAAAAUAUUGUUCCUGGCAAAGACAGCUUCCCCUUUCCAGGGGAAUUUAGGUGAAUACAAUUUUCUUCCCCCCUUUCUUAACUCCAUACAAGUUUAUUCAGUGUAUCAUACUAUCAGGUGUAGAGACAAAGCCCUGCUUCUUCUGUCUUGCUCCACAUCCCAGGUGGGCUCCCCCUCCCUGUGUGUCAGGCUGGUCCUAGAUGGUUCAGUGCAGGGGCUCCCCGUGUUGUCUUGGGACCCCAUUAUUGUGGUGUGAGAAUCUGCCACUCUCCAAUGAAAGUUCUUUGCCACUCGCCCAGGCUACUGCUGCCUGGGGGGCGGCGGGGAGGUGGCCAUGCUGCUUUCUUUGUGAGGGCUCCAUGCAUGGAGACACACUCUGCUUCCACUCCUACCUUCUUUCUGGCUGCCUGCCCCUGGCUCACCAAGGAUCCUCACAACCAGCUGCUGUGCGGUCCCAGGUCCCUCACUUCUUUGUGAUCAUGUCACCCUCACCAGCUCCCCGAGGCCCAGGUCACAGCACCAUCUAGUUUCUUAAGUAGGACAGGCUGCACACCACCUGCCCCAUUCUCCUGCCUGCCAUGGACAGCCUGUUGCAUCCACAGGCCCCUGGGGUGUCCCCUCGGAAUGUGGGGAAGGGCUAUUCAUCUUCCCUCCAUGGGUUGGGAUGCUAGAAAGGCCCUGUCCCUCAAAAACCAGCAGACCCCCUCCUCCAAGAGCUGUCUCUGCUUUGUCUUAUACACAUCUCCCCCCGGGCUCCCUGUGAGGUGGUGAGGUAGGUGAGGUAGCUGUGUACCUACACACACCAAACACUGUGUGCAGUUGCAGAAGAAUCUUAAGCCCGACUCUAAGUGCUCUGCCCUCUGUGGCCCGUGGCCUAUUCCUGCACCUCUAACAUACAGUGGUUCACGUGCACGGCCAAGACGCAGUGAGCACAGACCCACACAGACCUCCAACCUGCUGCAGACCAAGGAGAGGGCUGGUAGCUUGGUUCCUGGGGAAGGAGAUCAGAGGGGAGUGGAGAGGAAGGAAUGUGGAUGGAAAGGAAGGACCAGGGAAGGAUGAGGGGAGGGAAGAUGAAGUACUCUGUGAUGUGAGCCAAGAGGCAGAUGCCAAGAAGAGAAGCAGAGCCCCUCGGAUGUGGCAAAAGUGUUAUGGUAGUAAGCAGCUCCACGUCCGGAUCCAGUCUGGGCACCGCCCUGCACUGUCUCCCAGAGGCUAUGAGGGAAGCUCUUGGGUGGGCUGGGUGGGCCUUCACAUCCUGGGGCCUUGUCUCAGCGCUCUCCAACCCAUAAUUGAAUUAACUCUUUCAGUGUCUUGGUGGCUGACAGAAAGGAACGCCAGGAAGCCCCAGAUGAGUCAGCUGAGCUUGUUUGUAAAAAGUCAAA